AUGGCUUCCUCAGAUCUAGACACGCUCAUCGACAUGGGCUUCCCCCGCGAACGCGCCGAGCUCGCCGUCAAGGCUACCGGUGGUCUGCAACCAGCCAUUGAUUGGCUCGAGACCAACCAGGACAAAACCAUCGAAGAGAUCAAGCAACAGCAAGCCGGCGCCGCCGAUGACGCUUCAGAAGAGCCGCCAGCCCUCAAGCCCGGCGAAGAAGCCAGAUCGCUCGUUUGCGAAGAUUGUGGCAAGAAGUUCCGCUCGAUGAACCAAGCUACAUUCCACGGCGAGAAGACGGGCCACGAAAACUUCGCCGAAUCGACCGAAGAAAUUGCUCCCCUCACAGAAGAAGAGAAGAAGCAGAGGCUGCAGGAGCUACGCGAGAAGUUGGCCGAGAAGCGUGCAAAGGAGUCUGAGCAGGACAAGGAGGACCGCAAGAGGAACGAGCAGAUCCGCCUAAAGGCUACAAAGGAGUCGCAAGACAUCAAGGAAGAGCUACAGAAGAAGGAGCGCCUUAAGGAGGCUGCCGCCAAGCGCGCAGAGAAGAAGGCUGACGAAGACGCGAGGAAACGCGUCCUGGCCAAGUUGGAGGCAGACAAGCAAGAGCGAAAGCGCAAAGCCGAGAUCGAAAAAGCAAAGCGAGCGGGUCAGGCUCCUCCUCCUGCACAACCCCAGGCUCCUCUGGCUACGUCUUCGGGUCCUACGACUAGCAAACCUGCAAGCGCCUACACCGAGGCACGGCUUGCACUUCAGACAUCGGGAGGAAGGGUCAUGAAGACGUUCCCGGUUGAGACAACACUCUUUGAGGUCGCACAUGCGUUGGAGCAGGAUGGAACUACCGUCAACACCUUUACCACAAACUUCCCCAAGAAGACGUAUGACCGCACCGACUUUGGCAUGACGCUUAAAGAGGCGGGCAUGGUACCUAGUGCGGCUUUGAUCAUCGGAUAG